AAGAGAAGCCUGUGCUACUGUCCUAUCCACGAAGCCCCGAAUACUUAGCUUGGGAAAGAUGCUGUGGCUUUGGGGAAGAUGUGCUGUAGCAGCCAGAGGGUGGAAUAUUUGCUGGAGGGAAGCGGCCUGAGGGACAUGAAUCAAGGCCCAGUGGAAGAGCUGAAAAGGCAGGGCAUCUCCCAUCCACCUGAGAGCAGAAGAAACGGGCUUGUGGAAGGCGUUGUCAUCUGGAGCGGUGUCAGUUCCAAAAGCUCCAGCCCUUCUCAAAGAGGAAGACCAAGCUAUGGCAGCCGUGCUCCUGACAGCCUGGCCCCAGAAGUUGGUGACCUUCGAGGAUGUGGCUGUGUACUUCACCCCAACGGAGUGGGAUGGCCUGUCCCCUGCACAGAGGGCCCUGUACAGGGAUGUGAUGCUGGAGAAUUAUGGGAAUGUGGCCUCCCUGGGAUUUCCAAUUCUCAAACCUGCUGUGAUCUCACAACUAGAAGGAGGAGGUGAGCUGGGGAUCUCAUCUCUGCUGGCCACUGGAGUAGGCUCAGACCCUCCAAGCCUCUGGACAGUAGAUAUUGAUAUCCAGACUGACAAUGAUAUAACAAAGGAACUAUACAAAGAAAAACAUAAUGCAUCAUUUGUACUCCAGGGGAACUCUUCCCAGGAAAUAGACUUCUCAGAAGCCUAUAUUGUAGAAAAACAACAGCAGGAAGUCCACCUAGUAGGAAGUAUGAAGAAAGAGAACAGCAAUAUUAUUGAUGGAACAGUGAAAGACAACACAGACCCCACGGAGGAGUGUUUGUUCAGUCAGAAUCCAAACUUGAACCAGUGUCCUACCAUCCUCUCCACUGGAGAGGAACCCCCUACAUGUAUGGGAUUGAAGAAAGCCUUGAACUUUGACACAAAACUUACUUAUCAUGAAAUAAGUAAUUCUAGAGAAAGACCUUUUGAAUGUGAAGAAUUAGUGGAAAACUUUAAGUAUAACUCUCAACUUACUCGUCAAGACAGCUACACUAGGGAGAAGCCCUACCAGUGUAAGGAGUGCAGCAAAGUCUUUAGUGUUAAGGCAAAAUUAAUUUGGCAUCAAAGACUUCAUAGUGGGGAGAAACCCUUCAAAUGUGUGGAGUGUGGGAAAAGCUUCAGUUACAGUUCCCAUUACAUCACCCAUCAGACAGUCCACAGUGGGGAGAAGCCCUAUCAGUGCCAGGUGUGUGGGAAAGCCUUCAGUGUUAAUGGGAGUCUAAUCAGGCAUCAGAGAAUCCAUACAGGAGAGAAGCCCUAUCAGUGCAAGGAGUGUGGAAAUGGCUUCAGCUGCAGUUCUGCAUAUAUUACACAUCAGAGAGUUCAUACUGGGGAGAAACCUUAUGAGUGUAAUGAUUGUGGGAAAGCUUUCAAUGUUAAUGCAAAAUUAAUUCAGCACCAGAGAAUCCACACUGGAGAGAAACCUUAUGAAUGUAAUGAGUGUGGGAAAGGCUUCAGGUGCAGUUCCCAGCUUAGGCAGCAUCAGAGCAUCCACACUGGAGAGAAACCCUGUCAGUGUAAAGAGUGUGGGAAAGCCUUCAGUAAUAAUGCAAAACUCAUUCAGCAUCAGAGAACCCACACAGGUGAGAAGCCCUACGAGUGUAGUGAAUGUGGAAAAGCCUUUAGUAUCAAAGGGAAGUUAAUCCAGCACCAGAGAAUCCACACAGGUGAAAAGCCCUACAAGUGCAAUGAAUGUGGAAAAGCCUUCAGGUGUAAUUCCCAGCUUCGGCAGCAUCUGCGAAUCCACACUGGAGAGAAGCCCUAUGAGUGCAAUGAGUGUGGAAAGGCCUUCAGUGUCAAUGCUAAACUAAUGCAGCAUCAGAGGAUUCACACUGGGGAGAAACCCUUUGAAUGUAAUGAGUGUGGGAAAUGUUUCACAUCUAAAAGAAACCUACUUGAUCAUCACCGAAUCCAUACUGGAGAAAAACCUUAUCAAUGUCAGGAAUGUGGGAAAGCCUUCAGUAUCAAUGCCAAACUAACUAGGCAUCAGAGAAUACACACUGGGGAGAAGCCUUUCAAAUGUAUGGAAUGUGAGAAAGCAUUUAGCUGUAGUUCUGACUAUAUUGUACAUCAGAGGAUCCAUACUGGAGAGAAACCCUUUCAAUGUAAGGAGUGUGGAAAAGCUUUCCAUGUUAACGCCCAUUUAAUUCGGCAUCAGAGAAGUCACACUGGAGAGAAACCCUUCAGGUGUGUGGAGUGUGGCAAAGGCUUCAGCUAUAGUUCUGACUGCAUUAUACAUCAGACUGUCCACACUUGGAAGAAACCCUUUUUGUGUAAUGUGUGUGGCAAAGCCUUCAGGUUUAGCUUCCAGCUUAAUCAGCAUCAGAGUGUCCAUAGUGAAGGAAAAUCCCAGUGAGAAGGAUGUAGAAAACUCUCAAGAUUAAUGCCGAACUGAAUCAGGGGUCGUCAGAUUUACCCUGGUGGAAAACCCAGAGAGAAAUUAAUAUGUCAGUCUUCACAUGAAAACAGACUUUUUUCAUUUUAUUCCAUUUUAAAUUAGAAAUGAUGACCAGUUAAAAAGUAACAUUCAAAAACAAAUUAUUUUGUUUUAUACCAACAUCCAAUUAGAAUAUACCCCAUUGCCAACACCAUCAAGAAAAGUAGACUUUUCUAGGAGUACGCUUAAUUAUAAUGGAGGACCUACAUGGAUCUCCACUGAGGGCCACAAAAGGAAACUUAAUGGGGGACAGAGAGGGAAACCUUGUUCUUGGAUAGAGAUUCACUCUACUUAAUUUAUUUCCCUUUCAUUUUUGACAACAAGCAUGCAUAACUUUUGUAAAGAGGAAAAACAUUAAAGAUUUCCUUAAAAGAA